AUGUACGAUUUCAGUGGUACUACUGCUACAAAAACCUAUAUCUAUGAGAAGAAUUCUGAAUCCUCGAGAAAGAACAAAGUUCGCAUAAUCUCCUUGCGAGGAACAACUAGGUUCUUUCUAAAUGUGGUUGCUCAUGCAGGCGUGGAUGAAAAUUUCGCAGACGUUUACGGUAUCUGUAGACAAACAAAAUACUGUGACGAUGUGCACUGCCGCGUUGACGAUGAUAAUGUUGCUAUAAGUAGCGAAGUGAUAUUGCCUGCAACUUCUGUCAAAAUACCGGUUGGAGAAACGCUGUAG